UGAAUUGACUGUCAACAUGCAAGAUGGCCACGCAUCACAGGCAAAAUGCUGCUGGGCGGAGAAAAGUACAGGUGUCGUACGUCAUUAGAGAUGAGGUGGAGAAGUACAACCGAAAUGGGGUGAACGCGCUCCAGCUCGACCCUGCGCUGAACCGGCUCUUCACCGCUGGACGGGACUCUAUCAUCCGGAUAUGGAGCGUCUACCAGCAUAAACAGGACCCGUACAUUGCCUCCAUGGAGCAUCACACAGACUGGGUUAAUGACAUAGUGCUCUGCUGCAAUGGAAAAACAUUGAUAUCUGCCUCAUCGGACACAACGGUCAAAGUGUGGAACGCGCAUAAAGGCUUCUGCAUGUCGACGUUACGAACACACAAGGACUACGUGAAAGCUCUGGCCUACGCCAAGGACAAGGAGCUGGUGGCGUCCGCAGGUCUGGACCGGCAGAUCUUUCUUUGGGACGUGAACACACUAACAGCGCUCACUGCUUCCAACAACACUGUCACCACCUCGUCACUCAGCGGGAACAAGGACUCCAUCUACAGUCUGGCUAUGAACCAGAUGGGCACAGUCAUCGUAUCUGGAUCUACAGAAAAGGUCCUGAGAGUUUGGGACCCUCGAACAUGUGCAAAACUGAUGAAGCUAAAAGGACACACAGACAACGUCAAGUCGCUGCUGCUGAAUCGAGACGGCACUCAAGUGAGUACAGAUCUUGCUGUGUCGGGCAGCUCGGACGGGACCAUCCGCCUGUGGUCGCUCGGCCAGCAGAGAUGCAUCGCCACCUACCGGGUGCACGACGAAGGCGUCUGGGCCCUGCAGGUCAACGAGGCCUUUACACACGUCUACUCUGGAGGCAGAGACAAAAAGAUCUACUGCACUGACCUGCGUAACCCGGACAUCCGCGUGCUCAUCUGUGAGGAGAAGGCCCCGGUGCUCAAAAUGGAACUGGACAGAUCUGCUGACCCACCUCCAGCAAUCUGGGUCUCCACCACCAAGUCAUCCGUUAAUAAAUGGUCUCUAAAGGGAAUGCACAACUUCCGAUCAUCGGGGGAGUACGACAACGACUGCAGUACCCCUCUGACUCCACUGUGUACUCAGCCAGAGCAAGUCAUCAAGGGCGGUGCCAGUAUCAUACAGUGCCACAUUCUGAAUGACAAGAGACACAUACUCACCAAAGAUACCAACAACAAUGUGGCUUUCUGGGAUGUCCUCAAGGCUUGUAAGGGUGAAGACUUGGGAAAAGUGGAGUUUGAUGAAGAGAUUAAAAAGCGAUUCAAGAUGGUCUACGUGCCAAACUGGUUCUCUGUUGAUCUGAAAACUGGGAUGCUCACAAUCACUUUGGACGAGAGCGACUGCUUCGCUGCCUGGGUGUCUGCAAAGGACGCCGGGUUUUCAAGCUCCGACGGAUCCGACCCAAAGUUGAACCUGGGUGGACUGCUGCUGCAGGCUCUGCUCGAGUUCUGGCCCCGAACUCGCAUCAACCCCAUGGACGAGGAGGAGAACGAGGUGAACCACGUGAACGGAGAGCAGGAGAACAGGGUCCAGAAAGGAAAUGGAUAUUUCCAAGUGCCACCACACACGCCAGUCAUCUUCGGGGAAGCCGGAGGCAGAACUCUAUUUAGGGAACCUUUAUUGUGUAGAGACUCAGGAGGAGAGACUGAAUCGAUGCUGCUGAACGAGACGGUUCCUCAGUGGGUUAUUGAUAUAACUGUAGAUAAAAAUAUGCCCAAGUUCAACAAAAUCCCGUUCUACCUCCAGCCGCAUUCUUCCUCCGGAGCAAAAACUCUGAAGAAGGACCGUCUCUCGGCCAGCGACAUGCUUCAGGUGAGGAAGGUGAUGGAGCACGUUUACGAGAAGAUCAUCAACCUGGACAACGAGUCGCAGACCACCAGCUCCUCGGCCAACGACAAGCCGGGGGAGCAGGAGAAGGAGGAGGACAUGGCCAUGCUCGCCGAGGAGAAGAUCGAACUAAUGUGUCAAGACCAGGUUCUAGAUCCCAACAUGGACCUGCGAACAGUUAAACAUUUUAUCUGGAAGAGCGGAGGGGACUUGACGCUUCACUAUAGGCAGAAGUCCACGUGAAAACCCUAAUUUUUAAAACAAGAACUCUUCGUCAUUUGCCAAUCACCACCCACCUCUGACAUGUAGUACCCUAAACCCCAUUGUGUGGUCAAGAGUCGCAGUAUCAAUGAGAAUCCAGUAAAAAAUUGUGCGGACGAGGCUCGUGGUGUAUCAUAGGGAACUGACCAGAACAGACCGGAGCAGCCAAGAGACACGCGGGAGAUAAGUGGUCCAUUUUUUGUUUUGUUUUUUUACAGUUUGAAGAAAAGGACUCUGUUUCCUCCAGCAGCGCUCACCGUUUUUUUCUUUUUUAAUUAUUAUUACUGCUGUUUGUUUUUUUCCUCCAGAUUGGCGUUUUAUUUUGAAGCGACAGUCGUGUUUGUGUCCGAGCGUGUGUGUAAACGCACGUGGAUGUAGUAGACUUGUUUGUUUGUUCUAGUACAUUCCAGAAACUGUCCUGCAAACACUCACCGUCUCAGCGGUAACCGCCGGUUUAGGAGUACACUCGGUCUCUGGGUAGCGUCACAGUCCCUCAAAAAAAGCAAUCCUCUGUUCUGCUGUCAUCUUAACUUGAACUUUAAAGCGACAGUUCAUCCCCAAAAUCGAAAUAGUUUUCCUCUUACGUGUAGUGCCGUUUCUCAGUCUGGAUUUUUUUGGGUGUGAGCUGCAGAGUUUUGGAGAAAUCUGCCUGAGAGGCGUCUGGCUUUUCUCCAAAAUAACAUAACCAGAUGGCACUCGGCUUGUGGUGUUUAAAGCGCCAAAAAAAAAAACAUUCGAAUAUUGUCUAAAAAAAUCUCUUUCUAGAAAAAAAAGAGCUGCACGAUAUUAUUGCCAUUUUUAAACCUUUUGUGAUACGCUGAGUAUUGCGUAAACCUUUUUUUAACUGUGAAUUAUUUCCCCCGAUUAAAUUAAAGUCAGUUUUAAGUAAAAAGAUAAAAUUUGUUUCUUAAUCUCACUUCAGUCAUCAGUUUUAGUGCAGCAGGAUGGCGUUUUUGAGCACACGGUCAUAAAAAAACACCCGAGCUGCUGAAAAAACUCCAUGGAAAGGACCGAAAAAUGAAUCCAUUUUUUACAUCUCGCUCUUGUCCAUGAGUAGAUGCACGCUUCCUUCUGCGCAGUGAUACUGGGCAGGUUUAGUUCAGUACAAAGAAAAUAGUUCCUGCGUGAAACUGCUCACAACGUCUGUGAAUUAUCUUCAGUAACUGAGUCAUGAUUUCGACAAUAAAUGUAUUUUUUGGCACCAAAAUACAAGUGCCAUGUAGUUUGUUUUUUGAGAGAAGUCAGACGUCUCUACGGGCCGAAAUCUCCAACACGCUGCAACUCACAGCAAACCAUCGAGACUGAUAAAAAGCGCUACAGGCGAGAGUAAAAAUAUUGAGACUUUGGGGUGAACUGUCCCUUUAACCUCGGCUUAGACGUCUAAUUACUGCAGAGCUUGAACCUCAUUGACAGAUGCACUUGUCUUUGUCGAUUAUUUUUAGCUGUGCUGUUCUCAAUGGACUGAAUGUUCUUUUUUUGUAAAUAUAUGUACAACAUUUUUGAUUUAAGUGACUUUUCUUUUUGUUUUUGGGUUUUAUUUUGUUGUUGUACAGUUUACUCAGUUAUUUUUUUUCAAAUCCCUAGAGCACAUUCAUGGUCAUGACGGUAAUCUGACUUGGAUGUUUAAAAAUCUCAUUCGUUGUUGUUCACGACAACCCAGAAAUUGCAGUUUUAAGAAUGUUAGUAGUCGUCCAAGUCAUCUUAGCAAUCGGGAAAUUAUAUAUAAGGUAUAUAUCUUUGAUAAUAACUCAUGCUUACUCGCUCUGUGCUCGGGUCGUGAGCAGUGAGGGCUGUUCCUAAUGUAUAUUUCAUUUAGAUUUAAUAGGAGCUCAAAUAAUAUAACUUGAAGGGGGAAUCUCAUCCAAGAGAAUAUAUGAAUAAUCAACCACUGUGGGGAAUUCACCAAAGUCAAAUAAACGGUAAUUUUUCUCUCUUGGUGUGUCGCCAAGCAGAACAACAGGUCGUUUCAUUGUAAAUUUCCCACAGUUAAUUUUGCCAUGUGUGUAAACGCCAUAGUGGGGACGCAGCGAGCGAGCGAGCUCUAACGGGCCAAAAAAAACCAGGAUGGGUACCAGAAUUAGGCCAUAACACUGCAAUAUCCCUUGUUGUAAUAAUUUGUGAAAUAUGUAUAUUUUAGGCAUUCGAAGAAAUAAAUUGGAAUGGUUUAACAAUGACAGAUUUACGGGGAUUAUAAAUGUUUCUUGAGUUGUAAAAUGUGUUGAGCUGCUGAGUGUGAAAACAAGAAAAAACAAGGGACAAUUUUCUUUUUUUUUUUUAAGUCAAGUGAUAUGAUUGUUUAACCAUCAAAGAUUCACCCAUUUCACAUUCAUGAAAAGACUCUGCACUCAUUCCUAAUAAAACAUACAAUUAAUUGAUAAAAUAUCUGCAAAAAUACUUUUCCUUAUUUUUACACACUAGCAUCUACUUUGACAGUGAAAAACUUUUAAGAAGCCCCCUAAAAAAACAGAAAAACAUUUUCUCGACAGCAGCUCGACUGUUCUUACACUGUUUAUGAAACGUCGUCUAUUAAAUUUAAACGUUACCUGUCCGCUCACAGGCGGGAUCGUCUACUGUUGCAUAGAUCACAGAAAUUAAUUAGAGUUGAAUCAGACGUGAUUCCAGCAAUACGAGAAGUUUUUAAACAUAUCAGCCAAAUUUAAAUCCACUGGCAGGUGAAGUGAACAGACUAAUAAUCAGAAAUGCAGCUUUGUGGACGUUUUCCUUGUUUUUGGGUAAUUUUUGAGUCAUUUUCUCUCUCUCUCUUUUGACCAGGUUAUUUUUCUUUUCCUUUUUUUGCAAUUUGAAGGACAUUUACGGUUUUUUUCCACAUUUUCAAACGUAUGUACUUUUCAGAGCCUCAGUUAACCCUUUAAAAUCUGAGCAAAGUGGCCUGAAAAAGGCAUUGAGCCACUUUACGACUUUAAAUGACUCUAAAAACAGCAUAAA